CUAAGAAGGCUGCGGAUGGCUCAGUCAUCGCCAACGGCUACUGCGACUUUUGCCUUGGAGGCUCAAAGAAGACCGGCUGUCCCGAAGACCUUAUCUCCUGUGCGGACUGUGGACGCUCAGGCCACCCGUCCUGUCUGCAGUUCACAGUGAACAUGACGGCUGCGGUGAGGACGUAUCGCUGGCAGUGCAUCGAGUGCAAGUCCUGCAGCCUUUGUGGCACAUCUGAGAAUGACGACCAGCUGUUGUUCUGUGAUGAUUGUGACAGAGGCUACCACAUGUACUGUCUGAGCCCUCCCAUGUCUGAACCACCAGAAGGGAGCUGGAGCUGUCAUCUGUGUCUGAGACAGCUGAAGGAGAAGGCCUCAGCCUACAUCACUCUCACUUAAUCUGCAGAGCUCAUCCUCUUGGCCUUUCAUCCUCUCCCAGACCACCUCUCAUCACCCCUCUGUCUGCAGCAGCACCCUCACCUCCCCCCUUCUUCUGACACGCUCACCGUGACUCUCUCUACACGCUGUCCCUGUGAUCCCUGGCAUGACCGAGCACUCCGGUUCCCCACAGCGCUGCAUCCACCCUUUAACAUCGCUCCAGAAGCGAGGCAGCCUCCAUCCUCUUCGUCUCUGAUCCUCUCUUCUGUGCUUGACCUGAACCUCGGCCUGUUCUUCCUCGUCGCCUCUGCUCUGUCUCAGCACAGGAAUUCAUCAGCUGGCAAUAAGUUUGCUAUCAAGACACACACUUCAGCCCUCCAAGGGCACUUCUGAGGCACACCGCUCCACAGAAACCCUUGUAAGGGCUCUCAAAUGAGCCCUAAUGAUCUUCAGCUGCAACUCUGUCAAGUAGUGAGUGAGAGUGACUAAGAUGGUGAGGCGUUAAGCCUAAUUUAUACUUCUCCAUCUGCGUCGGGACGAAAGCAUGCAACGCCAUUAUCUGUCCUUUCGAGGGCUCUCCAGCAGGCUCACAAGGAUAGACGGUAUAAAUACCGAGAAUGCAAGCUUGUGAUUGGUCAGGACGCCGCUGUCGUCAACAGCACCGCCAUUGCACUCUCAAAGACAGAAAGACAUGUCAAUAUCUAGCAGCAGACAUGGAGCAGCUUGAAGAAUACCUUGUGGAAGAAUUCCAAACAUAUGAAUGUUUUCUUCACCCGUGAGUGGAGGCGUGGAACGAUGUGCAGCAAGUGUUUUAUUUGUGGAUGGGAGUGAAGGGAAACGUGGAGAGCGCACGAAGAGGUGGAGGAGAAUGAGAGAAAAAUUUGUCCGUCUUAAAAAUUCUCUCAAAUGCAAAAACACGAUAUAAGCACACUAGUAAAUGCACUGGCUUGAACCGGACACAUGACAGGAUGCCACAGAACAGCGCUACGCCCUCUGCUGUCCUGGCGGGGAGUUGCUUAGCAACACUCCCCAGGAGACGGAGAAGUCAGAGAGCAAAACGUCUCCGUCAGUGCGCGCGUGUCUCCCUCAUGGAGCUGACGGAGAAGUAUAAACUAGGCUUUUGGGGGAAAUGGUUGACCGUGGAGCGGUGUGUUUCAGUAUUCGCCAACUGUGAAAUGUACGCUCAACCAAAAUUAGAUUCACACCCUCUGAGCAUCGUUGUGUUUGGUAGACCUGAGACUCUGAACUGUCCUGUGGGAUUUGUCCACAGGACGGCCUGUCCUGUACAGUUUAUAGUGGGGAGGCACUUGUACAAAAUUAAGACUGCUUUUCAAACCACACAGUCACGAACACACUCUCCUCAGUUUUAAGGCAGACGAUGUGGUCAGGACUAUCUGGAACAUCACCGAGUCCUCUCUCCAUGCAUGGGCUUUCCACAACUUAGUUAGCAUUUUUGGGAUUGACUCUGAGGGUUUUACUGCAUGCACUUGGUCUCCUGAUAAGACAAGAGAAGGACUUUUUAUUUGUAAUUGGCUAUUUCAGUUAAAGAUGUGUGUUUAAGAAAAACAGUUUAGGUUGAGAGUCUCUCACCAGCCAUCACCUGACCUGUUGUCCCAUGAAACUGUGACUGUGAGGCCAGUGCAAGUCUGAGAAGCUCCUGGUGCUUGGUGUGUGUGUGUGUGUGCGUGUGUGUGUGUGUGUGUGUGUGUGUGUGUGUGUGUGUGUGUGUGUGUGUGUGUGUGUGUGUGUGUGUGUGUGUGGACACACGCUGAAGCCUAAAACAUUUUUUACGAUUCCUCUGUCAAAGUUAUGUUCUAAUGCAUGAUUUUCUUUAUUACUGAAAUGACAAAGGAAGCACACUUAAUUCACAAUAAUGUGUUUGUGACAUGAACUGAGUGUGUGUGUGUGUGCGUUUUUCUGCCCUUUUAACAUAAAAACUUUUUAUUUUGA